UACCUUUUUUGUGAAUGAUCAGAAUAUUCUAAUUCUCAAUUUUACCAGAUUUGAAACAUUCAUUUAUAACGUAAACUCUAAAGACAUUAUUUACGAUGUGAUGAGGCCGUUGCGUACCGGCCUGUUACAUUGAGGCUAUGGAAAAAUAUGACAAUCUAGGAAUGGUGGGCGAGGGAUCGUAUGGGAUGGUCAUGAAAUGCAAACACAAAGAAACAGGACAAGUUGUUGCGAUCAAAAAGUUUCUCGAGAGUGAGGACGAUAAAAUGGUGAAGAAAAUUGCAAUGAGAGAAGUCAGGAUGCUCAGGAAACUUCGUCAUGAGAACCUUGUCAACCUUAUUGAAGUAUUUCGACGCCGUAAACGACUCUAUCUCGUCUUUGAAUUUGUCGACCACACCGUUCUUGAUGAUCUGGAAAAAUAUCCAAACGGACUCAGUGAAAUGACAGUGCGAAAGAUUCUUUGGCAAGUCUUACGAGGAGUUGAAUUCUGCCACAGCCAUAAUAUUAUUCAUCGGGACAUAAAACCAGAAAACAUUCUAAACUCACGGGGAGGAGUAAUAAAAAUAUGUGAUUUUGGAUUUGCUCGUUCUUUGGCAGCACAUGGCGAGAUUUAUACGGAUUACGUCGCCACCAGAUGGUAUCGUGCACCAGAGUUAUUAGUGGGGGAUACAAAAUAUGGGAGGGCUAUUGAUAUUUGGGCGAUUGGCUGCCUUAUCGGUGAGAUGAUGAUUGGCGAUCCAUUGUUCCCAGGAAAGUCAGAUAUUGAUCAGAUAUACAGGGUAACGAGGUGUCUAGGUAACCUGUCUCCACGACAUCGAGAAAUAUUUCAGCGCAACCCACUCUUCGCAGGAAUGCGUCUUCCUGAGGUCAAAGAGGUCGAACCACUGGAGAAAAAAUUUCCACGGUUUUCAUCAGAGAUUAUCGAUGUUAUGAAGCAAUGUCUCCGUCUUGAUCCAAACGAUCGUCCUUCUUCAUCUUCACUUCUUCGGCAUGAAUUUUUCAGGAAAGAUAAUUUUGAAGAGAAGGUUAUUCCAGAAAUUCGAGCAAGAAUUCAGAAGGAACAUCAACAAAACCAGAUGGUUCGAAAGAAUUUGGCUGAAAAGCAGCAGAAACAACAAGAAUUAGCUGAAGAGAAAAGGAAAAAGAAAAAGGAACAACAGAACACUUCUGGGUCCAAGGAUCAACCAGUUGCCACGCCUCCCAACAAACCACUUGCCACGCCUCCAAACAAGUCGUUACCUACCCCUCCUAAUAACACAACGGGGAAACCCCAGAGCCUAAUUAAUAAGGAUUCGCCCAGAAAUGCAAUGGAUAGCAAGAAUAUCCCGAUUAAAAAAGAAACAAAUGUCGAUCCUCCUCGUAAAGAUUCUCUCGCUGCGUUAAAACCUCAGCAAAGUAAAACACCACCUAGUGAUGAAAUUAGGAAGAAAAAAGAAAGCGAGAAGGAUCGAAAACUUCCAGCGACAAUAAAGCAAGACAACACGGUGGUGACAGGUCCAGCCAAACCACAACAAUCCAAGGACGAUUUUUCCUCUCCACGAACCUUGAUUCCGAAAAUGACAAACGACUCCCUCACUCGUUCGUCACAGGACUCGUUAAAAAAUUUGUUACAAGAUUCCUCAAAAAGCCCGAAAAAUACCUCCCCUGUUAAAGAUAAAAGUCCCAGGGAGGGGGGAAUUCCCGACCUAAAUCACAAAGAGGAUAAAAAACAUGUCACAAUUGCUAAAGAUAAUGUAGGUACACCGAAGAAAAAUUUGACAAAUAAAACACCCCCCCUUUCAAAAUCUCCUCCCCUCGUUAAAGAACCGAAACAGAGUAUUUUGAAAAACCCUCAAACGGGGGCGAGGGCGAGUAAAGAAAACUUGACUUUUGAAGAUUUGAUCCCAAAGGGUUCGAACAAGGGGUCGCAAGAUAAAAGGAGUAACAUGAAGCCCGACCAAGAUGCAUAUCUGACCUCUAGUGGUCCACUAACUAAAUCCAUUUCUGAUACGACCGUUUUUCGAGACAAAAAGGGGGUAAAGAAUGACAAACACAGUACGUCAACUCCCCCAACCCCCUCUGAUUUAACCCUCCAAGUGAAACAAACAAAAACACAAAACGAAAAAUCUCCAAAAGAAGCAAAACAGCAGAAAUUACAAAAAGACCCAAAUGCAGAUAAAAAAGACAGACCCAUGUCCUCAAAACAGGGUGGUGGGUACAAAAUUCCUCCAAUUCAGUCCCAAGGUCCCCUGAUUCAGUCCACGAGGACAGGACAUCUUGAAAUGGAGUCUUCAGUCGAUGCAGUGAAGCAAUUUCCCUCACAAGGAAUAAAAGUUCUUGACAAAGCAAAGAAAGCCGGAACCAACAAGGAGUUCUCACCUCAGACCUCAUACGAGAAGAGCAUGUAUGGCAGCACAGUGUCAAACUUUGAAAAAAUGAUGUUGUCAAUGUCGGGUGCUACGUCUAUUUCUCAUCCUGCUAUCAAGAAAAAUAAUCCAACAUCUAUUGGUCAAACUGGAGGCACAUCCAGCUCUCCAUACACCCAGAGUCAGUCGCCCUACUCCCAACAAUUUGGUCAUCAUUUCCAGAGAGAAGACAAACCAUCAGGCAGUAAUCUGCCACUCUGGUCAACACCAGGACAAUCUUACUUUGAGAAACAUCAAAUGCAUAGAAUGGAUGGACGGGGGUCUGACGCAGAUAAGAAACCUCACCGAACGUCAGAUGAGAAAACAACGAGUCAUCAUCGACAUCAUCACCAUCAUAAGCAUGAGGAGAAGAUAAAUGAUGAAAGAAAGCUUUCGAAGUCUCACGACGAGAAGGUUGCCAUUGCCUACGGCAGAGAUGCGAAACGAACUAAAUUACCGGAUCUUAUGGGGCGUGGUAUGGGUGUGGCUGGAGGGAUGUCAACAUCGAGAACUGAUGAAUUCCCAGGGUUGAAGCAAACAGGAGCUGAAUAUCAAAAACGCAAAUCCAAGACACAAAAGCCGAGUUUGAUGCCGAUUCCCAAUUAUGAUUCAACAUCUCAGAGGCAGUAUAAUGGCGCAUCUCCGAACGAAAAUUCAGUUUAUCCAGAAUCAAAUCUCCCUUCUGUACGAAGAAAAUUAUGAUUAAGAUGAUGCAACAUUUGGAAAUUUUCCUCGUUUUACUAAACUAACAUGGUUAUAUUGAAAUAAAGGAUGUCAGACUCGGGGCUUCAACUAAAAACCUUGUUUGUGGUUUUCGCUCUGAAUAAGACUCAAACUCAGUUGUUUUCCGCGGCCCAUUUUCUUAUGGCCCUCAUGACCUCCUAAUUAUCAUUCCAGUGGUAUUUAUAGUGUUAUUUUGAUUGGUAGAUUCCAAAUCUCAUUAUCUUCAAACAAUUCAUGCCCAACAAACAUCCUGUAAAAUAACCUUAUCAAACAAUGAAACUGGGAAUAACGUUUUUUUUUUGUAAAGUGAAAGUAUAAUCAGUUUUGCAUCUAGCAUUGUGGCCCCCCCUUCAACUGCUCUGUGCCCCUCGGUUGGGAACUGCUACUCUACAGGUUGAAUAUUGUCAAUGUUUGACUUGACUUUGAAAAGUGUUGGUUUAAACGUCUUUGAGAACAUUGAAAAUGUAUCCAUAUUAUCAUUGGCUUGAUAUGGCUAAAUUGAACUACAAUGGGAUACUGGGGCAUAGCUUCUUUACGAAUAACACUGGUUAUUGGUUUUCUCACUCUGAGCAAGGCUCUAGACAAGUAGCAACGAUAUGUAAGGAUUGUUUGACAUUGCUACCCACUCUGACUGGAUUCGCACAUGUAGAAAAUCAGGAUUAAUUAACAGAAUUUGGAAGUUUCUUCGAAUAGUAGGGUGGGGCUGGGGUCUCUCUGGUUUGGCAUUAGAGAUCCCAACUUUAAAAUACUCUGGCGGGAUUCAGACAUGGAGAAAAUAUUGAUUAAGAUAAAUCUUAACAAAACUUGGAAGUUUUUUCUUCAUAUUAAUAACUCGAUAUGGCUAUAUUAAUAUUUAAGAUAAGGGUGUGAGACUUGGGCCGUCACUGUUAACCUUUCACGAUAAAUGUUGUAAAUUUCUCACCCAUGGUGUAAUAAAUAAAGUAGGCAGUUGAUUUGAACAAGACCUGAUACAUGCAGCCACUGAUAUCUAACGAGAUGUACCUUUUUUGGAAUGAUCAAAAUCUUUUCAGCUGGCAUUGCUUACUCAAUUUAAUGCCUUCUGGAUCUGGACCUAAGUUCUUUUUUGACCAUGACUUAAAUAAUUAUAUCCAUAACUUACAUGAUUGCUUUCCCCUGAACAUCCUAUUCUUGCCUCUUGUUACUGUUGGCCGUGAAACCUCAGGACAAACCUUUUUCUAUGACAUACAGUAGCCAUGACAACCUCAUAACAAUAUACUGUGACAUCAUAAACAACUGUGAUUUUGUAACUUGUUAUUAUAUGACUGUUAAAUUUAUAUUUACGCAACUGCUUUAUUAGACCAAACAAUCUAAUUCUUUUUCUAAAUUGAAUUGCUUAGCGCAUGCCAUGAUUCGUAUACGGUUUCAGUUUCUCUCUGUAUUUUAAUGGCCGCCCCUAACUUUGUUUAUUAUAUUACUAAUUUGAUCCCAAUUGCUCAUCUUCGCUAUCUCGCCUUGGUUAUGACUGAUAACGCUAUAUCUUAUCAAUUUCUAUCAUCUUAUCUCAUCAUUUGGUUAAUUGUCCAAAUAUCACUGAUAAAAAUAUAUAUCUUGUCUCUGAAAGUUAUUGAUAUCUCAGGGGCAUCAUCAAUUUUGGUGAAAAAAUAUCAAUACAUAUUAUUUUUACUUGUUAUCAAUUUCUAUAAUCUUAUAUAGUUUCUUGAGGACACUUUUUAAUAACAUUUAUAAACCUGUACCGAUAGUGUCCAAAUAUUACUGACAAUAUGAUAUAUUUCGUCUCGGAAAGUUACCGAUUAAUAUAUGUUAUGUCAACAUCAUACCUUCUCCUCGGCACAUUCAAUUGUUCUUAUCCACAGAUAACAAAAUAUCAAGACUCCUUAUCUAUCCUAUCUAUCCUUAUCAAGAAUUUAUAUGAAAAUCCCGACCUGAACUGGCCACCUAUUUAGAUUUUGCCAUCUCUCAAUCAAUAUGCUGAUAACCGUAUAUCGGAUUAUCCUAUCACCCCUAACUAUUCCCAGCUCAGCAUUGCUCAUUCCCGGCCUUGUAUUACUCAAAUAAAUUUGCCAUUGUGGCAUCUUAAUUAACCCACAUAUGGCCAAGCAUUAAAACUUCAUUUAUACCCCUAUCAUCUGUGGCCGUUGUUAUUUACCUAUAUAUCGUAUUAUAUCCGUGACAUGUAUGGCCGGAUAUAUCGUGUCCAGGCCGUACCAUAACCAGCCAUAUAUAUACUGUGCAUUUUCUUUAGUUCUGUAUUUUUUUACGAUUUUGUGAAAUAAAUUUUUUAUAAAAAA